CCGCCUGACGGCUCCCGCCCUCGCUUCACCCCGACGCCCGGCGUGCGCGUCCUCCCGCUGGCCUGCAGGCCCGGGGCCUCAGCCUGCUUCCCAGCCGCUGCUCCUCGCAGCCCCGGCUCGCGUUCACGCUGUCGCCCGGGCCGGCGCGGCCGCGGGCAACCGCUCCCCCUCCCACACCCACCCCGCCCCCUCCCCGCCUUUUCCGCCCUCCCGUCCCACUCCCUCGGCCCGUCGCCGCCGCCGCUGCUCCAGAUGAGGUGAUGGCAACGGCCAACUUCGGCAAGAUCCAGAUCGGGAUUUACGUGGAGAUCAAGCGGAGCGAUGGGCGAAUACAUCAAGCAAUGGUAACAUCUUUAAAUGAAGACAAUGAAAGUGUAACUGUUGAGUGGAUAGAAAAUGGAGAUACAAAAGGCAAAGAGAUUGACCUGGAGAGCAUCUUUUCACUUAACCCUGACCUUGUACCUGAUGAAGAAAUUGAACCCAGUCCAGAAACACCUCCACCUCCAACAUCCUCAGCCAAAGUAAACAAAAUUGUAAAGAAUCGACGGACUGUGGCUUCUAUUAAGAACGACCCUCCGCCAAGAGAUAAUAGAGUGGUUGGUUCUGCACGUGCACGGCCUAGUCAACUUCCUGAACAGUCUUCCUCUGCACAACAGAAUGGUAGUGUUUCAGAUAUAUCUCCAGUUCAAGCUGCAAAAAAGGAAUUUGGACCCCCUUCACGUAGAAAAUCUAACUGUGUGAAAGAAGUAGAAAAGUUACAAGAAAAACGAGAAAAAAGGAGACUACAACAGCAAGAACUUAGAGAAAAAAGAGCCCAGGAUGUUGAUGCUACAAACCCAAAUUAUGAAAUAAUGUGUAUGAUCAGAGACUUUAGAGGAAGUUUGGAUUAUAGACCAUUAACAACAGCAGAUCCUAUUGAUGAACAUAGGAUAUGUGUUUGUGUAAGAAAACGACCACUCAAUAAAAAAGAAACUCAAAUGAAAGAUCUUGAUGUAAUUACAAUCCCUAGUAAAGAUGUUGUGAUGGUACACGAACCAAAACAAAAAGUAGAUUUGACAAGGUACCUAGAAAACCAAACUUUUCGUUUUGAUUAUGCCUUUGAUGACUCAGCUCCUAAUGAAAUGGUUUACAGGUUUACAGCUAGACCACUGGUGGAAACUAUAUUUGAAAGGGGGAUGGCUACAUGCUUUGCUUAUGGGCAGACUGGAAGUGGAAAAACUCACACUAUGGGAGGUGACUUUUCAGGGAAGAACCAAGAUUGUUCUAAAGGAAUUUAUGCAUUAGCAGCUCGAGAUGUCUUUUUAAUGUUAAAGAAGCCAAACUAUAAGAAGUUAGAGCUUCAAGUAUAUGCAACCUUUUUUGAAAUUUAUAGUGGAAAGGUAUUUGACUUGCUAAACAGGAAAACAAAAUUAAGAGUGCUAGAAGAUGGAAAACAGCAGGUUCAAGUUGUGGGAUUACAGGAACGGGAGGUCAAAUGUGUUGAAGAUGUACUGAAACUCAUUGACAUAGGCAACAGUUGCAGAACAUCCGGUCAGACAUCUGCAAACGCGCAUUCAUCUCGGAGUCAUGCAGUAUUUCAGAUAAUUCUACGAAGAAAAGGAAAACUACAUGGAAAAUUUUCUCUUAUCGAUUUGGCUGGAAAUGAAAGAGGAGCUGAUACUUCUAGUGCAGACAGACAAACUAGGCUUGAAGGUGCUGAAAUAAAUAAAAGCCUUUUAGCACUCAAGGAGUGCAUCAGAGCCUUAGGUAGAAAUAAACCUCACACUCCUUUCCGAGCAAGUAAACUUACUCAGGUGUUAAGAGAUUCAUUCAUAGGUGAAAACUCUCGUACUUGCAUGAUUGCCACAAUCUCUCCAGGAAUGGCAUCAUGUGAAAACACUCUUAAUACAUUAAGAUAUGCAAAUAGAGUAAAGGAGUUUGGAAUUAGUCCAUCAGACAUUCCCUUCUCACAGGGUAGUGGCAGUCGCCCUGAUCUCUCUCCUUCUUAUGAAUAUGACGACUUUUCUCCUUCGAUUACCAGGGUGAAAGAACUGACUGUGGAUCCAACUGCUGCUGGUGAUGUCCGUCCGAUAAUGCACCAUCCAUCAAACCAAAUUGAUGACUUAGAGGCACAAUGGGGUGUGGGCAGUUCCCCUCAGAGAGAUGACCUAAAACUUCUUUGUGAGCAAAACGAAGAAGAGGUUUCUCCACAAUUGUUUACUUUCCAUGAAGCUGUCUCACAAAUGGUAGAAAUGGAAGAACAAGUUGUAGAAGAUCACAGAGCAGUGUUCCAGGAAUCGAUUCGAUGGUUAGAAGAUGAAAAGGCCCUCCUAGAGAUGACUGAAGAAGUAGACUAUGAUGUAGAUUCAUACGCUACACAACUUGAAGCUAUUCUUGAGCAAAAAAUAGACAUUUUAACUGAGCUGCGGGAUAAAGUGAAAUCUUUUCGUGCAGCUCUACAAGAAGAAGAACAGGCCAGCAAGCAAAUCAACCCGAAGAGACCCCGUGCCCUUUAAAAUGGCAUUUGCUGCUAAAGGAUCCCCAGAGGCCCUCACUAGUGUAACAUACAAUGGUUCAGCUGUAAGGGCCAUUUGAAAGUUUGAAAUUUUAAGUGUCUGUGGAAAAUGUCUUGUCCCUUCACCUCAAUGACAUUUCAAUUUUGUGAAACUCUCCUUUGUCUACAAAAUGCUUCUGGUCCAGGAGGCACAACCAAGGUUGGGAAUAAUGAAGCAUUUUGUUUCAUUUACCCAAACAGUGAUUUACUUUUGGAGAUCCUUGCCAAUUUUAUUUUCUAUAUGACAAAGUAAGAUUGUGGACUUGGUCGAGAGGUGACUAGUAAGAGGGAAGCCACAGCAUUUCCUUUUAACUUGGUUCAAUUUUCAUAGCAAGACAGCGGUUUUAAAUCCUUUGCAUGCAUGCAUACCUCAUCAGUGAUUGUACAUACCUUGCCCACUCCUAGAGAUAGCUGUGCUCACCUCUCCCUGCUUUGUGCCUUGACUAAGGCUAUCACCCUAAAUUUCUGAAGCACAGCCAAGAAAAAUUACAUUCCUUAUUUGUCAGUGUAAAUUACCUUUAUUGUGUGUAAAUUUUUAUUGUAUUUGAGACAUUUUUUGUGUGUGACUAGUUGUUUUUGCAGGAUGUGCCAUAUCAUUGAAUGGAACUAAAGUCUGUGACAGUGGACAUAGCUGCUGGACCACUCCAUCAUAUAUGUAAAGAAAUCUGGAAUUUUGACCUUAAAACCAUGUAACAUGUGGUUAUAAUUUUUUUAGCAUUUUCUUUGUAAAGAAGUAAAAUAUAAACUAGUUGGUGUAUAAUAAAAAGUAAUGAAAUUCUGAGAAGAGUUUUAUCUUAGGAUAAUACAUAUAUAUGCAGUGUGUGUUCCAGUGUGGUAUUAUUAACAAGACUAAUAGUGCAACUUGAUCCUUACCAAUACUAUGACCUAAGUUGAAGUGUCCAUUAGCAACCCAAAAUAUAACUUAAAUGUACUGAUAAAGGAAAUUGGCUUUUAAUGCAUGAAUAUGUACAUUGAAAGCAGUCCAUAAUAGAAUUGUUAGUUUAAGCCAAGUGCAGGCAGUACAUAACUCCCUUGAAAAGGAACUAAGGUAACAAUGAGUCGACUCUGACUUAAAAGGCAGAUCUAACCCAAGUUCCAUCCAUUACCUAAUGUGUUAUGUUUCACCAUUAUUUGGUGAUUCUCAACAAUAAAUUGGUCUAGAGUAUUCUACUUUUUAAGUGGUGGCACUUAUUUUUACAGAUUGCUACUCCAAGGAAGAAAACUGGCCACUUCUCAUGUAAAUAUUAUUAAAGGAUUUAUAUAGCUCUCUCUAGGAGUUUUCCCUCAGUUCCCUGGAGAGUCCAGAAGUAGAUUAAUAACAAAACAUCUCCCAAGAAUAACUUGUUUUGAUUUCUCUAGGGAACUAAUAGCUCAUUCAUAUGGGCCAAAGGGAAGCUGUGAAUAGAGUCACAUGAGCCAGAUUCCCUACUACACUGUUCACAGAACUCAAGAGUGUAGUUGUAGGAAACCCUAACACCAUGGUGAAAUGCUCCUCUGUAAACUUGAAGUCUAGAACAAGUGUAGAUUUUUCAUGAUGUGCUUAUUAAUAAAUGAAAUCUAUGGAUUGAGUUUUAGAGAUUAUUUACUUUAGUCACCUUUGUUUUGGAAGGGACUCAGGUUUUAAAACUGUUUAAGAUAGGUUCUAUUUGUGUUUAUUUCAAAGGAAUGGAGAACUGUUACUAUGAACCUUGCAGAGCUGUUUAAAAAGGUAGUUUUUGAGGCUAAUCAACCUUCAAAAGGCAAUAAAGAGAUGUGUAUUUGCUCAUUUUAAAGCACAACAGAUUAGUGUUAAUUAUUUAAGUUAAAUGGGUACUAUCUCUGGAAGGUUUCCUUAUAUCCAAAUAUGCUGCCUUAUGCUUAGUGGCUUCAUUCUGAUCAGUAAUCAAGGUAUAUAAAACAUUAGUAUCAGAAAAGAUCUUGGCUGUAUAAUGUAAUCUGUCAAUUUCACAGAUAGGGAAAACUGAAAGCCAGAAAAGGGACAAACUCAGCAGUUCAUAGAGGAACAGGGAAAGAGGGAGAGCUGAAUUAAAUCUUAAACUUUCUUAUAAAGGAAAGAUAAUACAACUGAACUUUGCAGAGUAAGUAGUUUUGUGAUGCUGAAAACAUACUUUUAAGUAUAUUUAAUAUUAUUUAACAAAAGUGGCUUGAUAUGUUGUUAAAGAAUAACUACUUUUUUGGAUCUGGAUUAAACAUGCUUUACUUUCUCAGACUUGAAAGCUGAUAGACCUAUUAAUAACUAUGAACAUACAUUGUUUUAAUUAUAUAGGAAUGUUUUACUAUAUCACUGAAGCCAGAUAUCAAACAAAUCUCUUUGAACAACUUCCCUUCUGGGUUCAUUCAGUGUACUAAUUAAUUUGGAAAUAUUCCUUCUAUUAAGUUAGAUAUAAAGAAAGCCAAGUAUCAAUAAAGAUUUUUUUUAUUUCUUUAUAUAAGUAAAAUAAUCAGCUACUAUAAUUCUUUAAAGGACAUUAACACCUAAUGUUAUAUUGAUUUAAACAUAGUAGUUACUAUUGAUGACAUCUAUUGAAAUUCUCAACCUGACAUUUUAAAAACAGCUUAAAACUAAGCAUCAGGUAUAUGAAAACACUGGAAAUUUUAAUUAUCCAGAAGUCAUUUGAAUAUCAGGAGCCUAUAGCUGUGGGAAAAAAGCUGGUUGGGUUUUGGUUUAUUUUGAAAUUGAAGAGCAGACAUUUUAACUUUAAAGCCAAUUUUGGAUUUACAAAACCCUUUGAAAUUCUCUUAAAUGUGUGACUCUCCCCUAGAAAAAAACAGUCUCAGUUCACUUCAUUCUGGUUGAGCAUCCUCAUUUCCCAGGUGAAGAAUAGUGCCCCAAAAUAAUACACUUGCACCACACAGUGACAGUAGUGGACUCAGACUUGCCCAGGACCCUGAUGGUAGCUUAUGAUGCUACAGGGAUAGCUGAAGGGGUUGUACAAAAUAAACAGACAAAAUAAGAAGCAAAAUAAAGACAUUAUUAAGAAAUAACUUUUUACUAUACACAUGAAUACAAAGAAGAAAUGGUAUGUAUGGCGGUAUGUGACUGAGUUAAAUAUAUUUUAACAUUUUUACUACUUGAGGGACAAAGGCCUAAUGAAGGCCCAAAGAGGUCCUUACAGUAAGAGGUAACAUAGAAGAGUAACAUCUUCACACAAUAAACUGUUAGAAGUUAAGUGCAAAGUUGUGUCUGUGGCUCUCAGAGAUUAUCAUGUAUGGAUUGGACCCUGCCCUAUUCUAGAUUUAAAAAAAGAAAACAAACUUCUGAGUACUCAGAAUUGACUGACUUAACCACCGUAAAAAUUCAGAGUAAUAAGUGGUGACAAUAGUAUUAAAAAUAGUCAAGCACAUAGUGCCCCAGUGGAGCAAAAGUAUUGUUCACAUUCUCAAAAUUAUUAAAAAUAUACAAUUCAUUUCUUAAGUCUAAAAAAUUCUUUCCCAGAUGCUUAAGAAAAAUGUACACCUUCUGCAUUGAAUCCAUGUAGCAAUCUGAAAAACGAAACCAAAGUGAGAAGUUAUUGAAAAACUAAGUAGCACAUAACAGUUCAUAGCUCCUAUACCAUGAAUUCUAAAACAAACUUAUCAGCAUACCUACAAAGCCCACCCACUCCUAACACCAGUCAUCAAAGAAACUUUAUUAUUCAACUAAAUUUAUAAGACAGGUUAAAACCAUAUCAUUUGGUGCCUCUUAUCAUAACCUAUAUGUAUUAUGAUGAAUUUGACUAAAAUGAUCUUAGACCUCCACUAUGCUAGGCCUAAGCUCACUGAUCACUUGUUCCAUUUCAGCAUGGUGAGUGAACAAGAAGCUAUUUGGAAUUACAGUAAUAAAGGCCAAUCUUACAUGUCCUUUCUAUCUUGCAGAGCUCACUGUUUAAGAGAUUCAAAUUAAAUACAAAUAAAUAGCUUUUCUCUGGAUACCUAUGUACUUAGCAUAUCCUAGUUAGUAAACUGUAUAUUUCAUAUCCUUGAGGCAGUUUAGUGAGGAUGAAGGAAAAUGUUUAACUAUUUAGACCUGAGAUUUUUCAGGAUGGCCCACAGUGCAGAUCUAGAUGGGUUAAAAUGUCUGAAAAAGGAACAUAGGUACUUCUGAAUAAUGUUGAAGUCCUUUAUUAACAUUUAAUAAAGACUCCAUAGUACUGCUAGCCUGCCAAUAUAAAAUAUAAACCCAAUUUCUUGUAGGUAUAUAGAACUGUUUAAGUCAAACCAAUGACUUCUGGAGCAAUCUACCCUCAUUUUUCAUUCAGCACCUAGAACAUGGAAGCUUUAAAAA